GGUCAUACGGCUGACUAAUUCCGCCAGUAACUGAUAGUCCUUCCAUUGUUUGAAAUCAGGACGUGUUCGCUAUGUUGCUGUGCUAUAAAGUUUGGAUUGUCGGAUUGUUGAUUAUACCUGUAGGCAGUGCUGAAAGACGUUUUUUGUUUCAAGCAAUAGAAUCAUUUUUCAAACUGCAAACUUCAUAUGAUCCUUGGAGUGCCUGGAGUCCAUGCUCUGGAGCUUGCGGAUUGACAGGAACUCAACAUAGAUCACGAGGAUGCUCUGACAUAGUGAGUGGAUUCAUUCACUUCAAGGAGACGUGCCCGAUAUCUGGUGAACAGGAAAGACAGUGUGUUGGUAUCUGUACACAAACUGUCGCACCCACAACAACCACUGCAGCUGUCUGGGGUCAGUGGGGCUCGUUUUCGGCGUGUGACAAGACUUGUGGGGGCGGUACACAGAUAAGACACAGGACCUGUAUUACGGGCACAUGUAUCGGAGACUCUCUAGAGUCGACAUUCUGUAAUGUGCAACAAUGUCAAGCACCGACUACUACACCACCCACUUCAACCAGCACGCGCGUUUGGCAAACACUAACAACAAGACUUCCUCAUGUACAUAUGGUUACCAUCAGACGAUGAAACCGGAACAUGAUUUGGACGCUUUUAAAAUAAACACUUAAUACUGAAACGGAAUAUACAUGUAGAUAGAAUUCCAUCGUGAAUCUUAUGCAUAUUAAAUAUAUAUAAAAUAUUUCAUCACAAUUGUAAUAAUUUAUGUUAAAAUUAGUGACACAAGGUUUUCAAAUGUAGAUUGUGUUUUGCUGAUUAUAUCAAAAUUUCAGUUUUAUAAACAACUUUUUCCACAGGAUACUACUUACAUGUAAUUAUAGUUAAUUUAUUGAUUUUGGACGCAUCAAAGUUUUAUUGAUUCCUUGUUAUAUUUACAUUUAUUAAACGUACAUUUAUACAAACGUU